AUGGCCGCCACCGCCACCCGCAGCAGCGAGGCCUCGGCCAUCACCAGCGCCGUGACCGGCAGCACCGACUGUGGUGCCCGGGCCUUGUUGGCCCUCAAGUCGGCUCCGUGCAGCCCGGCCCGGGGUCAGGCCCACUGGGAGGCCGAGCAGGAGCUGAGCGGCGGCGGCUCGUCCUCCUCCUCGUCGUCGUCCUCGGGCCCGGCCCCCGCCCCCGCCCCCGCCGUGCCGCCCCCUCCCCAGCUCCUCGCGCGGCUCGAGGGCCGCGACUUCGAGUUCUUCCUGAAGAAGAGCAGCGUCACCAUCGGCCGCAACUCCAGUCAGGGCCCUGUGGACGUCAACAUGGGCCACUCGAGCUUCAUCUCGCGCCGCCACCUGGAGAUCGCGCGCGGCGCCGACACCGGCUUUUACCUCAAGUGUCUCGGCAAGAACGGCGUGUUCGUGGACGGCGUCUUCCAGCGGAGAGGAGCCCCGGCCCUGCAGCUCCCCAGAGGGUGUACCUUUAGGUUCCCUAGCACAAACAUCAAGAUCUCGUUUACCUCAUUGUGCAAUGAAAAGAAAGAACAGCAAGAGGCUCCAGAAUCCCCAGUCAGACCAGUGCAGCCACAAAUCUCCCCGUUGAAGAUAAACAUUCCAGACAACAUAGCUGAACACAUCAGCCCCCUUCCUUCUCCUACUGGAACACUCAGUGCUGCAAACUCCUGCCCCUCCAGUCCAAGGGGUGCUGGUUCCUCUGGGUACCGGAUAAGUCGUGGGCUUCAUUCUGAUUUGCAAAUCGUGCCUGACCACACUCACAAUCAUUCGGAGAAUGACAAGGAAACAUCAGAUGGAGACAGCCCAAAGGAUGAUGCAAAGCCGCCAUACUCCUAUGCACAGUUAAUAGUUCAAGCUAUCACAACGGCCCCAGAUAGACAGCUUACACUAAGUGGAAUUUACGCACACAUCACAAAGAAUUAUCCCUAUUACAGAACAGCAGACAAGGGCUGGCAGAAUUCAAUUCGACAUAAUCUUUCCCUAAACCGCUACUUCAUUAAAGUACCGCGUUCCCAGGAGGAGCCUGGGAAGGGGUCAUUUUGGAGGAUAGACCCUGCCUCUGAGAGCAAGCUAACAGAACAGGCGUUUAGGAAACGGAGGCCAAGGGGAGUGCCCUGCUUCAGAACUCCCUUAGGACCUCUUUCUUCCAGAAGUGCACCAACUUCUCCAAACCACCCUGGCGUGUUCUCAUCGCACUCCAGUGGGCUGCAGACACCAGAGAUGCUGUCCAGGGAAGGUUCUCCAGUUCCGACAGAACACGAGUCCAGCACUGCGCAGGCCAAGUUAGCAGUGAUACAAGAGGCAAGAUACGCUCAGAGUGCACCCGGGUCACCUCUGUCCACUCAACCAGUUUUAAUAACUGUCCAACGGCAGCUACCGCAGACUAUAAAACCAGUCACGUACACUGUGGCCACUCCUGUUACAUCAACAUCCCAGCAGCCUAUGGUGCAAACUGUUCAUGUUGUUCAUCAGAUACCAGCGAUGUCCGUCAGUACUGUGACUGGGCUAGCAGCAAACAGCUACACUGUUGGUGGCCAAACAAUCUUGACUCAGGCUACAAUGGUCAGUCAACCUAAACGGGAACACCUAGAAAAUGGAGAGCAUAAAGAACUAAAAGUGAAAGUGGAAUCUCUUCCUACAAUUACACCAGCAUCAUUAGGUACUGCUAAUCGUUUCAUUCAGACUUCGCAGAGUGCCCCCAUACAGACAGUUACUAUACUGCAACAGGCUCCUCUGGGCCAACACCAGAUUCCCCUUAAAGCAAUCACACAGAACGGGACGCACGUGGUGCCCAUUUCAGUGGCACAUGGACAUGUUGUCAACACUGCUGCUGCCAGCCCACUACACAUGUUGGCAACACAUGCGUCCGCCUCGGCAUCCCUGCCCACAAAGCGUCAGAAUGGAGACCAGGCACAGCAACUGGAGAUUAAACGCAGCAAAUUGGAAGCUGGAGAAAGUCUGCUGUUUGUCAAGGUGGAAGGUUCAGCUGUGGGAGUGAGUGGGCGUGGCCUAAACUAAAGUCUGGUGGGUGGGGGAAACUACUUUUUAUCAAAUGCAAAAGGUGCCAAAUGGACAAGUCUAACUUAAUGUCUAGAACUUCAGAAUGUGUUGAGUCGUUCUGGAUUUCGGGGCCCUGUGUGAUCGACUGUAAAACUGCAGCACUAAGAAAACAGGAAGCCUUAAAUAACAGGAAUAAAUUAAAAGUGAAACCGAACAAACUUUAAAUAAUCAAAAAAAAGCAUGAUGCCCCUCCAAGAGGCUGUUCCUCCGACUCAUCUACCUCAGUGCUCGCUGGGAAAGGGAGAGACGAGGAGGGUGACAGCAAGCCACAAACACAUGACGUUCUCCAUCAGAUAUUGACACGUAACAGCAGCAUGUCAAGUCCUCACUGUACAUCAGUUGCAAAAGAUUGUAUAUUAUAUAAAGGGAACAACAGCGUGGACCCACCCUACAUCUGGCAGCUAGCUUUUAUUGACUAAUUGCAGUUGUUAGUAAGUAUGCAGUAUUUUGUUCAUAUGUGGAUUAGGAUAUUUUUGGGUGUAUUUCAUUUCUGUAGAUGAAAAUGGGGUCACUAUCAUUUCAGAACGCUCUGUUUAUACUUCCAAAGCUUUGGAAUCACAACCGUUUUCGUACGUAAAAGUUAAUUUUAUGUUACGUGAAAAUGAAUGUAGUUAUGUUUUUUUUAAAAAUAACCGGAUCUGUGCAGAUUCAGAUAAAGCUACUUUACACCUAAAGAUUUUCAUAUUUUAACAGAUUCCUGGUGAAAUUUAAUCAAUUUUUAUUAACAUUUAGUGAUCAAGAUACUUCGGGUUUGCAUGUGUUAGACAAAGAAAAAUGUAACUGAGCCAUUACCUGACCUUAAAUGAACAGCUAUUAAGUUGACCUGCGCUGCUCUUAACUGCUGCUUAUUUGCUUCCUUUGCUUAUUUGUUGUCACUUUGUAUUGAAGUUGGCUGUCCCUUGGCUUGGUUUUUCAGGCUAUAACUUUGAAAGAAAAAACAAGUAAUAAUAACCUUUAGCUGCGAACUGUUUAUUUAAAAUGAGGAAGAAAACAAAUGACCUUGCAUAUCUGUUCUGGGCUAUUGGGGAUCCAGGAACUGUCACUAAAACUAAACUGCAGAAUAAAACCUUGUUUCAAUAUGA